AUGCUUGAUUGGUUUGCGUCGCCCGCCGCCAUCAUCGACCCCGCGCGCCUCUACUUCGACCCCGGCGCGACCAGCCAGCCUUCCUCUGACCUGGCGGCCGCGCGCGCCGAGGCCGCCCUGACGGGCCAGCCGCCGUCCGCGCAUCGGCCCGCCCGUCGCCUGCGCCGGCCAUCAACGCCCUAUCCCCGAGUUCAGCGCUCCCCACCACCGAUCGAGCAACGGGCUGCCGCUGCGUCGCCCCAUCGGGCCGCAGUGCUGCCGCCCUGUGGUUCUCCCCGUGGCUGCACCGAUCCGCGUCGCCGCUGCGUUGCCCCUUCGGGCCGUAGCGCCGCAGCACAUGGUCCCCGCCGUCGCCCUGAGGCCGUUCCCGUGGUUGCACCACCCCGCGUGCUGCCACUGCGUUGCCCCUUCGGGCCGUAG